CGUUGAUUGUUCCUGACGCACUUGCCCCCCUACCACCCUUCCACAGCAUGAACCUAGGGUCUUUCCAUUCCCAGCCUUCUCUAGGACAUUGACACUCUACACACAAACCUAAGAUCGUUCCAAUCUAUACCUAUCUCGUUUGACUGGGCACAUUUUUCUAUUCCGUCCCUCGUAACUAAUCUCGAGCGUUCCAUUUCCUACACUCAGGCUUGGCUAGAGAUACUGGAGUUGUUCAAUUGUUAUCCCAAAGAUCGUCACAUUGCGUUCAAUACUUUGGCACGUACUAGCAAACUAUUCUUCCCUCGAGCCUAUACUAACAUGAAAUAUAAAAUGGCACACUUUUUCUCACAGUUCUCAGAUUUAUUUCCUUAUGUUGCAUGGGCAUCAACCUCAUAUAUUUCGCAGCUUGUUCCUCACAUUUAAUCAUGCCUACAGAUCAUUGAAAGGUUCACACUUGUUAUUUUCCUUCGCUCUUACUUUUCGUUUGAAUGGUCAGGUUGCCUACCUAGUACCCAGCGUUCAGCCUGCCCUUGUCACUCGCUUGUCUAUCAUUCCAACUAUCCAACAGCAAAACCCGUCGAUUAAAUAUCGAUUUGCCCCUUUUCCAUAUCGCCAAGCCCCCUGUUUAUCCUCUUCGUUCGGCGACCGAAAAUGUCGGACAACCAGCAACUUCAGCUUGGAACCGAACUGUCGUCCUUCCCUCAGUUCAACUUUCUACCGAUGGAGCUUCAAUUAGAUAUCUGGGAGAAGUCAAUGGAAGAAACCCCAGCUGGAUUUGUUCUUCUCUCUGGCUCCGUUCAAAUUCUCCAAGCACCACCAGCUAUAGCACAUGUGUGCAAGGCUUCUCGAGGAGUAGCUCUUAAGUCGAAACGGAUAUAUAAGCUUGAAGAUGGAAGAACAACUUGGUUCAACAAGGAAACUGAUUACUUUCUUUGGGGUGGCUACAACCUUGGCUUGGGGGAGCUAGCGCCAGCCAUCCAAAACAUUGUUAUCCCUCGCCACAUCCUGGACGACCACUCCAAGGCUUGCGAAGCUUUUGAGGUACUCCUCACCGAUUCCAUCUUCAGCGGGCUUCGAAACAUUUUCGUCAAUUUAGAGAACAACUUCACCUUCGUUGAUAAGCAAUGGGGUGCCCUAGUCAACUCUGAAUUAUUCCAGCCCGAGUCCAACACGAUCGUCGUCCCAGAUCUCAAUCUCUACAACAACAGUAUGGAUCGUAUCGAUCGCGUCGUCUCUAUGCUCCCACCACAUGUUGCCCAUUGCUGGAAUCAGCAUAAAGAGAUCGCCUUCAACGAUAUGGACGAUCACUGGUGGGUGGUCUUGGGUGGAGAUGUCAUGUCUGCAUUUCUUUCGACCGUGGCUAGGCUUUGCGGAGAAAUUACCGAAGAACAGUUUGAACAAUUUGAAGCUGGGACCUUGAUGCAUCCAAGCGGAAAUAUCUCAUGGUGGGACUUCUUGUUUGAGAUGGCUCCAAAUGUCUUGCCGACUCAAGUCUUUGCAAGAAUUACGAGCCGCGAGAAAGUCGAGGGGAUUAUCGGGGAGGGAGUUGACCUCCUAUGAAGGACUCUUUAGAGAUUCGAGUGAAGAGUUUACCACACAGAAGCGUACUCUAAUCUGAGGGGACCGAUUUCUCUCAUAGAAGUAGCGUAUCAUGUAUUUGCGGUGUAUUAUUCGAUCAUUAGUAAUGUUUAUUCAAUAAUAUUGCACUUAAAUCUCCAAGAAAAUGCAUAUGAAGAAUAAUAGAGCGUAGGUAGGUGCCUAGGUAGUCAAAGGAUAAUC